GCCUGGUGGGGCAUGCGCACUACUUGUCCUCCCGGGACUUUUUCCCGCCCUUCACUGGCCUCCGGAAUAGGGUGGGAGUUCACGCCCCUCUCUCGGGGUACCUCCCAGGGUAUGCGGGGACAAGUAGGUGGCAGAUGUCCUUAAGGUCCUGAAUCUUAAGAGGCAAAGGACAUACUUUGCUGAGAGUUAGGAGGUGGGAAUAAGUUGUUCAGAGGGGUCAGGGGUGAAAGGUCAUAGGUCUGCGAAGGGGCGGAGCGAGCCUAAGGCGGAUGGCGGCCGCGGCGGUUCAUCAUCUUUGGCGGCUUCAGUGCUGAAGUGGGGACGUGGGUCGGGAGCGUUCGGGCGGUGGGCGUAGAGCGGCUGCCACUCCCAACAUGCACAGUCUGGCGACGGCUGCGCCUGUGCCUACUGCACUGGCUCAAGUAGAUAGAGAAAAAAUCUAUCAGUGGAUCAAUGAGCUGUCCAGUCCUGAGACAAGGGAAAAUGCUUUGCUGGAGCUAAGUAAGAAGCGAGAAUCUGUUCCUGACCUUGCACCCAUGCUGUGGCAUUCGUUUGGUACUAUUGCAGCACUUUUACAGGAAAUCGUAAAUAUUUAUCCAUCUAUCAACCCACCCACCUUAACAGCACACCAGUCUAACAGAGUUUGCAAUGCUCUGGCAUUACUGCAGUGUGUGGCAUCACACCCAGAAACCAGGUCAGCAUUUCUUGCAGCACACAUUCCACUUUUUUUGUACCCCUUUUUACACACUGUCAGCAAAACGCGUCCCUUUGAAUAUCUUCGGCUAACCAGUCUUGGAGUUAUUGGGGCUCUGGUGAAAACAGACGAGCAGGAAGUAAUCAAUUUUUUAUUGACAACAGAAAUUAUCCCUUUGUGUUUACGCAUUAUGGAAUCUGGAAGUGAACUUUCUAAAACAGUUGCCACAUUCAUCCUUCAGAAGAUCCUCUUAGAUGACACUGGUUUAGCUUAUAUAUGUCAGACAUAUGAGCGUUUCUCCCAUGUUGCCAUGAUCUUGGGUAAGAUGGUCCUGCAGCUAUCCAAAGAACCUUCCGCCCGUCUGCUGAAGCAUGUAGUAAGAUGUUACCUUCGACUCUCAGAUAAUCCCAGGGCACGUGAAGCACUCAGGCAGUGCCUCCCUGACCAACUGAAGGACACAACCUUUGCCCAGGUGCUAAAAGAUGACACCACCACGAAACGCUGGCUUGCACAGCUGGUGAAGAACCUGCAAGAAGGCCAGGUCACCGAUCCCCGGGGUAUCCCCCUCCCCCCUCAGUAAUCCUCUCCUGUCCCCUCCCACUACUCCCACAAGUUGGGAAGGGAGGGAGAACCUUCGAAGAAAACAGCUCAGGUUUUAUUGCCGACUGGGAAUAGACAACCUCAAUGCUGAACUGCACUGGAGAAAAAGGGCAAGGUACUCCAGCUGAGGUAUAUGAGCUGCCAUCUCAGGCUGCUUUGACGACAUGGGCUUCCUCUGCUACUCCCAGAAAAUGGGCUCCUGACAGAAGUCUGCCACCACAGCCCCAGGAGGGAGUCAACACCAGCAAAUGCUGUAUUUGCAGCAUGCCCAAGAUCCUUCUCCCCCACCUCUACCUAGCCACUGGCAAGGAGAGGAGAUGAUGGUGAUAGCAGCGGAACUCUAGGCAUGGGAACGCCUGGGACCAAGCCAUGUGGUGUUUGUUUUUUGUUUUCUUUUUUCAUUUUGUCUUCCUGGAAGACUCAAGAUGUGUCUCUUCAUUCCCUCUCUCAGUAUUUGUUUACUUUGGUAUUUGUUUGUUUUUUUGUUUGUUUAAAUCUCAGAGAGAGAGAGGUGUGUUUGUGGACACAAGCUGUAAUAUUCAGCAAAACUUUGUCAAUUGGCAGUGUUUACAAUCUGUUAGCUGCAUAAGCUCAAUAAAAAGUUGGUCUGGGCAUAACA